AGCUUGCUGAUCUGUCAAGAGUAUUUCCUCCUGUUCUGCCACAGGCUUAAGAUCUGUCAGUCAGGGUAUGGCAACUCAGUUUCCUUCAACUCACACACACAAAACAUCACUCCUUACUUCACAGUCAAGUAUUGCAUUUAAUAGUAAUCUAUCUACGUAAUUAACUAAUCGGUUUUAGUGGUCAAUCGACUUUUAGUAUGGCACACAUGCCUAUACAUUUUUUCAAAGGUUUGUUUACUUCUGAAUCCCACCAAAAAAAUAUCAUUAUCAUUAUUCAUUUAAUAUAAAGAAGGGAAAAUCAUUAGUAAUUUAUGUAAAUAUAAUGAACUUAUACUUAAUAUAAAAACAUUAAGAUAGCAGAGUUAUCUUGAAAGUGUUGUUCCAGCGCUUGAGUAUAUAUUUGCGUGUGAAGGAGGCACUUUGUCAGUCUGGGUGCCUGCCUCAAUCCUCAGUCCAACCACUUCCUAUUGCAUUGGGCCCUGUCAGAUGACCACCUACCAACCUCCCCACCCUAUUCUUUAAACAUUAAGGACUAAACACUAACAUAUCUAGACACCUUUAGAAAAGAGUUGUGGACCCCCUGUGUACACAAUGGAUCUGGGGCUCACAUGGUGGAUUUUCCUUUCCUGUCUGAUCAAACAGGUGCAUUUAGUGUCUCUCCUAUCAAAGCAAGAGUUUGAUAUCUUGGCCAUGGAUAAGAACCCAAAAUGUUUCACCAGGCAUCAAGAUGACUUCACUUGUUUUUGGGAAGCACCUGUUGGAAAGUCCUAUUAUUUCCUUUACAUAAUUGAUCAAAAAGAAAAAAGAUGUGAUGUGAAACAAGAAAUUCAUGAGGAGAAGGACCUGUAUGUUUGUACAUUCCCAUCGAGUGGUGUCUUUUUGUAUAUCGACACACAACUCAUUGUGAUAGACAGAGACACCAACAUAACCGUCUACAAUCGCACUGUCAAUGUGGAGAAUCAGCAUCUACUGUAUCCUCCAUCAAAUAUAUCCCUUAAUCUAACUGGGGAGGUGGGCCAAUUGUCAGUUAAUUGGAAAAAAACACUGAGGUCACAGUAUGAAAUUCGUUACAGCUCCAAACACACGUCAAACACAGUUGGACAGGUGUCAAAACCCCCCCAUAAGUUAGUCUCUCUGAUCGCAGGAGAAAACUGCACAGUGCAAGUGAGAGCGAAGCCUAGUGCUUCAAACGUGUUUUGGAGUGAUUGGUCAAGUCCUGUAACAGCAAUGGUGCCACAAACAGCAGGUGACAUAGAAUUGAGGUGCCACACUCCUGAUCUGAGUCAAGCAUUAUGCAAAUGGAGAGGAGAAUUAUAUGAUGACGGCAAAUACAUCUUCCACUACAGGAAAAUGAACAGAAGUUCAUGGGAUGUUUCAAAGUUGUGUUCCAAAGACAACAACGGUGUCCACCAGUGUGUCCUAAAUGGCCAGGAAUCCAGUGUCUAUCAGUUUUACCUCAGUGCGGGAUUGGAACCAUAUGGUCGGACUUUUUAUGUAGAGACUUUCAGAAUGAACAGCAGCAUCAAGACGAGGCCUCCAGGUGGUCUGAAAGCAAACCCUGAGAAAGAAAGGCUUUGUUUGACAUGGGAUCCACCUUUUUUGAAGAUCUCCCAGUAUCUUAAGUACCAGAUCCGUUAUCAACGUGAAGGAGACAGUGAGUGGAAGGAUUUUACAGCACUCAGUUCAAAGACCAGCACUUGUCUGGAUCUGCACCGAGGGAGCCAAUACACCAUCCAGGUCCGAGCCAAACCCAAUGGAUCUGUGUACAGUGGAGAAUGGAGUGACUGGUCAAAACCUCUCACUGUCCUCUUACCUUUAGACAAAGAGUGGAUCUUUCUUGUUUGUAUACCAGUGGCUCUGAUCAUCAUUGCUACUGCAAUGACCUUUUUCUUCUCCAGAUACUUCCGUAAGGUCAAGAAGUCCUUGUGGCCAUCAGUCCCAAACCUUAACAAGGUGCUGGAAAGCUUCCUGGAUGAUAUCAGUGGAUCACACUGGGAGCCAACCUUUAACAUUAAGCAAUGUGAUGAUGACACUGCAACAUCAGUGGUGGAGAUUCUGCCCGAGAGGGAAGCUACGGUCAAACCCAUGAGGAAAUCUACGUGUCUUUCAACAUCUAAGCAUGGCUUACUAUCUGGUGAAAAAAAUGGGGAGAAUUUCAGAGAGGAUUUGGAGAUGGCUCAAGAUUAUGUGAUUUUGAACAACGAUAAAAUCCCAUGCUUUACGGGGAAUGACUAUGUGUACAGCGAUGUUGCUUCAUCUCAUGUGACUAAUGAAAAAUUACACUCCUGCCCAAGUAACUGUUCUAUCACCUUCCCAGAAUGCUCCACAAAUAUCCUCAACCAUUCAUAUCUCCUUCUGGCAGAACAGUCUGAGCUUGAAGAAUAUCACUCAGCCAGUCACCAGUACACCAAUAUGGAGAUCACGGCAAGUGUAGGGUCAGGGUAAUUUAUCUUUGAUAAAUCAAAGUCACGAAUUUAUAUAUAUAUAUAUAUAUAUAUAUAUAUAUAUGUAUAUAUAUAGUUUUGGAUGAAGCUUUUCUCACAAAUUCAAAAGCACCUCAGCUGGGAGAGAAAAGAAACAGACAAUUCACCUCAGCUGUGAGACCUUCAGAAACAGACAAUGUUCACUAUACAGAGCACUUGUGUAAAGUUAUAGAAGGUCUGAAGUGGAGAUUGCUUAAUGCAACUUUAACCAUCAUUAAGAUGGAAAUUUCAUCAUACAACAAACCACAAACCACAAAAUUCAGGAACAAAAACUAGACAUGACAUUUGAUU